CACAUUGAACACAAGAGGGCACCCCUUUGCUUUGUUGGUGCAGUUGCUAGGAUACCAAGGGACACAUGUUGCCUACAUCUUGGGGGAGAAAACAUGUCGGAGACUCGAGAAGACCUCCAACAGAAAAGGCCACAGAGUUUUUCAACUUUGGUGUCUGCUGGAAAGCAGCUGCUGCACAAGCGGGAAUACAGAAGAGCCCAAAGCAGCUUCACUGCGAUAUUAGAUUUAAAACCAGAGGAUAAGGAAUGCUUGAUCGGACGGUCCAACUGUUAUCUAAACACGGGUCAACUCCAGAACGCCCUGAGGGAUGCUGAGCUGUCCCUCAAACAUGACAAGUCCUUUCCUGAGGGGGUCUACCAAAAAGCUAAAGUUCUGUUCUACAUGGGAGAAUUUGAAUUUUCGUUGGUGUUUUACCACAGAGGACAAAGCAUUCGCACGCAGAUGCAGUGCUUCACGCUGGGUAUCAAGAAAGCUCAGGAGGCCAUUAAAAACGCAGUUGGUGAUUCCACCAAUGUCAAACUGAAGGUUGGAGGAGACUUGUCAUUUCUUGAGAAUGAGGAGGCGAGGUUACGGCCAAUCAGUGUCGUUGAGAAUCUGAUGGAAGAGGAGAAAAAUGAGGCUCCAAAGUCCUUCAGGAUCGAGAAGGCAACCAAACAUCUGAUGGGGGAUUUUGUCGACCAUAAAAAGUUUCUUGAAGACCUGAUGAAAGAUGAAGAUUUGAUGAAGGAAAAGACAAAGAGUGGAGAACAAGUACAAGACAUAAUUCAGGACAGCCUCGUUUCAAUUGAGACCUAUAUAGAGAUCUGUAACCAAGAAAAUAUAGUCGCCCCCCAAGAAAAGAAGCCUCAGCAUCAGGAGGUUAAGCAUUCCACGACUUCUAAGUUUAAGGAGUUCCCGCUGAAGACCCUCCGAGAAAUAGAUGCAGGUACAUCCGGUCAACAAUAUUUCCUGUUGGUCAUUUUAGAGGAAAAAAUAUACUUUUUCUUUUGGAUUUUAGCGCUGGAAUCUGGAAAUGCAGAAAAUAGCCUCAAGAAGGCGAAAGGAGUCCUGAAGUUUGUAGAGAGGCGGUCAAAGACAGAGUUUCCCCAUAAAAAGCUGCUUCUGGGCAGUUUGCACAGCUCUAUUGGAAACGCUUUGCUUUACCAAGGAGAACUGGACAAGGCCUUGGAGCAUCAUCAAAAGGAGCUUGAUUUGGCAGAGCAAUGCAAACUUCCAGAAGCAAAAUCCAGGGCUCUAGAUAACUUAGGGCAAACAUAUGCUCAAAGUGGAAACUUUGCAGAAGCAAUUGAGCUAUGGAAGAAGAGGAUUCCUUUGGUCCCCAGUGGUUUGGAGAAAGUCUGGUUGUUGCAUGAGAUCGGCUGUUUUUACUUGCAGCUUCAUCGCUAUGAAGAAGCCAAAGAAUACGCCAUCCUUUCUGUUGCCGAGGCAGCUGAGAUCCCAGAUGUAAAGUGGAAGAUGAACGCCAGUGUUCUGAUGGCACAGUCAGAAUUGAGGCUUGGAAAUUUCAAAUCGUCAGUGUCCCAUUUUGAAACGGCUUUAGUUCAUGCCAGACUUCAAGAUGAUGACUCUGCCCUGAAUGCCAUCCAAAAGGCUCUUGAAGAAGCAAAGCAACACAUCAGAAAGUGAAGACUUCUUCAGUGGUACAAUGCAAAGAAAUGACCGUCAUCAACAUUGUAGCUUCUACAAUCUUUUUCAAAAUGUCAAAAUUUUCUGUCUGCUCCUGAUUCACUAAGAUUUGAAUAAAGAAAUACUUAGAAAUAUAAUUUUUAUUAUUAAUAUCCUCAAUUAUCAGAAAAAUGCUACAAAAACAUGUAACUUGAGAGUUGGUCUUUGUUAUUUAGUUUAUUCUGCAAACUAAAAUCUUAGUUAUAACUCAAGUCUUCAGUGGUAACUGAUGUGGAAAUAAUGUUUACGUAAAGGACUCAAAAAUUCACUUUUUUCUUGUCUUUUGGAAUUUUGCAAAGAUUUGUGCCACAAUAUUGUCUCUGUAGUAAUUUUAGAAAAAAAGGCGUGCAACCUUUUAUGCUCAGUGGCCACUUUCACAAGUUAUAAAUAAACAGUUUUUAAGUCACAACAUUUCUGCUACUUUCAAUAUACUCUUAUGUAAUCCAUUACAGUUUGAGAAGGAGACACUUGCAGUGGGUUGUCUGUUAUUUGUGAUCUGAUAUGUACAGAUUUACAUGCAUCUGACUGCCAUUAAGUCAUGCUCAAAGUGUCACUGGACAUUUAUUUUGUUGGAAAUGUACAUAUCUCAAAAUUCAACAUUCUCUUUCAUUCCUCUGACUUAACCCCUGUGCUAUCCUAGGCACUUUAACGUUGGGAGUUGGGUCAUCUAGACCCACUAGACAGUGCUC